CCCGGCCGGGCCGCGGUGCUGACGGUGAGAUGCGGACUAGGGCGCGGGAGCUGCCGCCCAGGCCGAGGGGAAGUGCGGCGCCGGCCCGGGCACCGCCCCUCCCCGGAAGCGGCCAGGCCGCGCCCCGCCUCCUCCGGAGCUCUGCCCGGCAGCUCCGGGAGGUGCGGGCGGGGCGCGGCCCUGCCUCCCCGGCCGCGGAGCCGGGCCCGUUCCCUCAGGUGGGCUCGCGGGCACCUGGGCAGAAACGCGCAGACGAGCCCUUGCCCCACCAGGAAGAGCCGCAGCCUCGGGGAGGACGAGGGUCCCUCCGCUCUUCCGGCGCUGCGCCGCCGAUGUCCCCGCCGCCCAGCGACCUCUCUUUCCCCAGCCACACCCCUGCAGAAGUCGUGAAAAGGAGGCACUAGCUUGCCAACAAGAUGCCUACCACCUACGAUUUAAGAAUUCUGCUGGGAUGACGAGGAGGUUAUGCUCC